AGACCCUGACGACGACAACGACGACAACAACAACCACCUCCGCAACAGUUAAACUUUACGUCUUUGCAGUCUCACUGGUUGCCUCUGCUUUUUGCAUAUCUCGGCCCAUCAGCAGACAUUCAGCGCCUCUCACCUUCAUCAACUACCACCUCUGAACUCCUCUCGCCUCUCAAAUCCACACAUAUCUCCCUCCAACAUAGUCAGUGUCUGAGAUAUCUUUUCCGCCGGGGGAAGCACAAGGAUUUGUUUUGGUGACCUUUGACUGUCUCUCCAGAUGGCUCCCCAUCCCCGAAGUCGUAUUGUUAGCCGGAGGAGGACAGAGGACGAAGGCGAUGAAAACGGCUCCAUGAACGGGGACUUCGAGGACGACUCUCUGAGUGAGGGUACUAUUUCACCACACGAGGAUGAUGAUGCCGAUGAAGAAGGGAGCGAUUUUAGUGAAAAAGACACAGCAUCUGGGACGGAGGAACUACCGGCAACAAACGGACGGCCGCAGGUUACUGAUCGUCUCGGGAGUGAUGAUGCUCAACAGGGAGGCAAAUCCGCGCCGGCUGUCCGACGACUCUUCGGAGCAACAGUGUCGGAUACUGAGGUUAUGCUGAACGGGCUGAGGUUGUCCGAUGGCGAGGGAGGCGUCGAGGAAAUCCAUUUUGAUGACAUGAAGGAAGGGCUGGAUAGUUCUAUCGCCACCCCGAAAUCCGCAAACAACAAGGGGCAUAGGGGAGAGACAUUUGCGGAGAGAAAGCGGCGUGAACUUGAGAAAUACAUCAAGGAAAGGGAUUCUAAUCCAGCCUUCGUACCUACUCGGGGUGGUUUCUUCCUUCAUGACAAGCGGAAUGCUGAUUCCCCGCCAAAUGGCUAUCGUUCACCACAUAAUACGAACGGCAAUAGCAAACUGAAGACUCGCCCUUAUGGUCUCAUUGUCGAUAGCAACGCUGCAAGACGCCCUGCUCCGAAACCGGACGUAACUGUUGGACAGUGGGCGCACGAUCUACACGAUUCUAUUGUUCAAGAUACUCGCCCAGUACCAUCCACUUCGGCCACCAUAUCCAAUACCACUUCCCUCUCUAAUCCCCAGAGACCUGUCCCCACUGCUCCCCGAUCAUCUCCUCCAAACCGAUCCUUCUCCAGCUCUGUCCUGGUAGGCAAUGUCCCUGUCAUCGUUUUUCUCCCCGGUAUGAAGGCGCCUAUCCCUUACUCCGCCGUACCUAAGAAACAACACACCCGCCUUCCCCAACAUCGGCCGCCUCUUCGUCGUGAUAAACCUGUUAGAAUAUCUUUACCAGGGCAGCCGCCCCGAUACAUUUUCCCCGCCACAGAGCGGUCAUUUAUCUUUAUACCGAGGGCGCUAAGACCAAAUCAGCAAUACCGUCAACGAGGCCGUGGUGGCUUCUACGGCGGUGGUGGCAGGAGAACGAGUCUUUACGGAGGGAGCAUAUAUACACCAAGUGUAGCCAUGAGCCGCAAAUCAUCAGUUGGUAGGGUGCCUGAUAUAGUCCAUUCGCCUGCGGGUUCUGUGGUUUCCCGUGUUGGCACUAUGCCUGGUGAAGGUGCGAAACCGGUAGUACGACUACCACCUUCAAUUAGACCUCCCGUUGGACCCGGUUUUGUUCAACCUUAUGGACUUGGCCCGCAAAUGCAUGCCGCUCAUCCCCCUCCAUACACGAUGCCUCCACCUCCUGAAUACCGUGAAAACCAGCCGACACCCAACAUCCCGAUGCAUCAGCCACGACCACAGAAAACGGUUUCUGUUGCGGAUAUCGAAUCCCCGGUUACAUACCAAUUUAAUCCCCCUCAAACGCAACAGGAACAACCAUUCCAUCAUCAAGUUCCACAACCCGUCAACGGAGGUUUCAUGCCUGAUUCCACCAUGUAUGCUCUCCAUGCACGUCAUACCUCACAUGUUUCCCAGGCCUCUGCAACCCCUUUAUCCCAGAUCCCCGAGCGUGCCAUCCACGCUCAACCUUUCCAGCCAUAUCCUUACCAACAACCCCAACCAUAUUAUACGGAACCAGGUUAUCAACCUGCGCCUGUAUUCUAUCCCGCAACAAACCCGGAGUAUCCAACCUACAACGCAUCCGCUCAGCCUAGCCACCCACCAGUCUAUGCCACCCAAGGACAACAAAUGCCUUAUUCCAUGCCCCCUCACCAACCUCCAGCUAGCGACCAAGUGCAAACUCGAUCCGGCACAGUUGCGCAUGAGUCAAACGGCACGGUAUAUUACUACGAUACUUCACAGUUGGCGGGUCCCACAUACCCACAGCAGCCGAACGCACCAUAUCCUGCGGCAUCUCAGAGAGCGCCGCAGGGAGGUGUUGUUGGUAUGGGCGGUAUGAUAACACCACCGGGAACAACCUACUAUUAUCCUCAACCUCAAAAUGGAACGGUAUACUAUGCAUGA